AUGAAGGGCUUCGUCUUGUCUCUUGUCUUUGCUGCCACAGCGGCUGCACUUCCUGGUGCAUCUUUCAAGACGGCUGGCAAACUGCCUGCUAUCAAGAGAAACCCUCUCCGUCGCGCCAGCCAAAUCAUUCCCGUCGUUGUUGGCGGCCCCCAAGACACAUUUGUCCCCAACUCCAUCACUGCCGCCGUAGGCGACAUUGUGCAAUUCCAAUUCUCAAACGGUAACCACACUGUCACGCAGUCCACCGCCGACACAGCAUGCACUCCCAUGGAUGGAGGCGUGCACAGCGGCCACAUUCCCUUUCAAGACGGCCAGACCGAAGUCGGCACUUUCAACAUGCCCAUUACGAGCACUGAGCCCAUGUUCUUGUACUGUGCGACGGGCCCGCACUGCCAGCUCGGUCAGGUCAUGAUGAUCAACCCGGCGAAUGCGACGCAGUUGGCCGAGUAUACAAAGAAGAGCCAACAGAGCGCUGCUAGUGUUGAUGGUACGAACGUUGUGGGUGGAACGCCUGGCAAGUUGGCUUUGGAGGCUGCUGCAUUUGUACCUGCUCCCCCUGAGGAUGCGGGCGCUGGUGGCCCACCUCCUGCUGGGACACCACCCGCUGCUGAAGCACCACCCGCUGCUGAAGCACCCCCUGCCGCUGAAGCACCUGCCGCUGAAGCUCCCGCUGCAUCUCCCACUGCAUCUGCCGCUCCAGAAGCACCCGCCGAGGCACCUGCAGCAGAAACUUCCGCAGCAGCAGCCCCAGCCACAAUAGUCGUUCACCCCGCCAAAAGGGGCUUUCAAGGUCGCAUGAACUAA